ACUGCAAUAAUUGGAGACUUUUACAUCAUAUGCAACAGAAUAUGCGACUUUUUACUUUUAUUGUGAAAAGGGGGGUUGUUACAGAAAGAUUAAGAAGUUCAACAAAUAGGGAAAUAAUUGUUACUCGUAUAUGAAAAAUCCUGUGUAUUUUAAUACACAUAGUUAUAAUAAAUGGCAGCUGUGGGGACAUGGUCUUUUUCUCACCCUGCUGUAGAGAGAAUGAGACGUAUGCUUCUGGAUGGACAAAAUGCAACUGAUGUGGUAGAAACAGCAAUGGCAGAGGUUGAAGAUGAUGUUGACACAGGACGGCACAUUGUUGGCAGAGGAGGAUUUCCUAAUUUUAAAGGAGUGGUUGAAUGUGAUGCUGCAAUAAUGGAAGGUGUACCAGGAAGAUUUGGGGCAGUAGCUGCAUUGAAGGGUAUAGCACAGCCAUGUCGUGUAGCUCGCAAAGUGAUGGACAGGAGUCCACACAGCUUGCUUGUUGGAGAGGGAGCAGAAUCCUUUGCUCAGGAACAAGGCUUUAUAUCUGAGCCCAAUAAAAACAUGCUGUCUGACCAUUCAGCUACUGCAUACCAGGAAUUUCUUGAAAAGAAUAAAACAGUUAAAGAUGGACAUGAUACAUUAGGCCUCAUAGCUCUUGAUCUAAGUGGUAACAUAACUGUUGGAGUUUCCACAUCAGGAGCACCCUUUAAAUCUCCAGGGCGCGUGGGAGAUUCUCCACUUCCAGGCUGUGGUCUAUAUGCUGACCAUACAGUGGGUGCUGCAGCAGCUACAGGUGAUGGAGACAAAAUCAUGUGCUAUUGCCCAAGCUUUCAUGUUGUGCAGCUAAUGAGACAAGGGUUGUCUCCUAAUGAGGCUUGUCAUGCUGUCCUUGCUGACAUAAAGAGAAGAAUAAGUGGAGAUAAAUGCUUUGAAAUUGGGCUUAUUUCUUUAAAUAUUAAGGGAGAGGUUGGUGCUGCAUCCUCUGUCGCAUUUCCAUACACAUUCUGGAAACAAGGGAUGGAUUCAGUGAAGGAGCUUGUCAUUAACCAGCCUAAAUAAAUCUAACAUUUCGUUUCUACUCAUUAACAUGUGUUGUGAUAAAUUUAAUUACUUAAUAAUUUUCAUGUCAGAGCCACAUAUGUUAAACCUUUCAAUGUAUUGUAUAAAAAGUAUUUGUCAGCCAGUCAAACAUAAUUAAUUAAAUAAUUAACAUAAAUAAAUAUGC